AUGCAUACGGUUUUUCGUAUUGGAGAUAUUCAACCAAUGGAUGGAAAUAAUCAUAUCUAUCAAGUGAAUUUAACAUUGACCAAUGACAACGAUCAAGAUCUUCGUACUCUUACUAAUCGUAUACGGCAGGAGACCUUUCCAGAUGAGGAAGGAUGGUACAGAUUGGGAUUAUUGCUAAUUACAAUGAGUCAGUUUAAUAAGGCUCGAGAAGUGUAUGAAGUUUUACUUCAGCAAACAACAAAUGAGAGUGACCAGUCACCGAUUUACUAUCAACUAGGUUGGAUCAAACAUAGUCAAGGAGAAUAUCAGGAAGCACUUUCGUCUCAUGAAAAAGCGCUUACAAUUCGACAACAAUUACUUCCUUCCAAUCAUCCUGAUAUCGGAGACUCUUAUAACAGAAUCGGUGCUGUAUAUUACAGCAUGGGUGAUUAUCCACAAGCACUUUCUUAUUAUGGAAAAGGUCUUAUAAUUCGGGAACAAUCACUUUCUGCCAAUCAUCCUGAUUUGGGUGCUUCAUAUAACAACAUCGGUUUGUUGUAUAAUAGCAUGGGUGAUUAUCCAAAAGCACUUUCAUCUCAUGAAAAAGCCCUUAGAAUUCGACAACAAUCACUUCCUUCCAAUCAUCCUAGUUUAGGUGACUCCUAUAACAAUAUCGGUAUUGUAUAUACCGGCAUGGGUGAUUAUUCAAAAGCACUUUCAUCUCAUGAAAAAGCCCUUGGAAUUCGACAACAAUCACUCCCUUCUAAUCAUUUGGAUUUGGGUGUUUCCUGUAACAAUAUCGGUAAUGUAUAUAAGAACAUGGGUGAUUAUCAAAAAGCACUUUCUUAUUAUGAGAAAGAUCUUGCAAUUGGACAACAAUCACUUUCUGCCAAUCAUCCUGACUUGGCUCAUACCUAUAACAGCAUCGGUGUGGUGUAUAAUAGCAUGGGUGAUUAUCUAAAAGCACUUUCUAAUUUUGAAAAAGCCAUUGCAAUUCGACAAGAAUCACUUCCUUCUAAUCAUCCUGAUUUAGCUUCUUCUUACAUGGGCAUCGGUUUGAUGUAUUACAACAUGGGUGAUUACCCAAAAUCGCUUUCAUCUCAUGAAAAAGCCCUUGUAAUUCGACAACAAUCACUUCCUUCGAAUCAUCCUAAUUUGGGUGCUUCCUAUAGCAAUAUCGGUCAGGUGUAUGAGAAUAUGGGCAACUAUUCAAAAGCUCAAUUAUUUUAUGAACGUGCUGCACACAUUGGGCAACAAUCAUUACCAAAAAAUCAUCCUAAUCUUAAAUUGUAUAGAGAAAAAGUCGAAAACAUUAAAAAGAAAUUAUAA